AUGGAUGAAUUGAACGCUUGCACAGAAUGCGGAUUUACGACUACUAUAUUUUCCGAGUUUCAAGGACAUAUUGAGAAACACGAAACAGAGCACAGUCGAUCGUCGAGUGGAGGAAUGUCCAAUUCACAGACAAUCGAGUGGGGAGAUGGAAUUCAGUCGUCCACCCCGUCGCCCAGGUCAACACCUCCGUCAGACCCCACGCCCAGUCCCGACCCCGAAGAGCUCUGCGAACCAAUAUCAAUUACAGAAAUCACAAAUACAUUGGGUAAAAGAGGAGGUACGAAAGGACAGAAGACAGUUCACGUAUGUCCUCAUUGUAAUUUUACCACUUGUAUGUCGCAACACAUGAAAAGCCACUUGGAAGCGCAUGAACGACACCAAGGCCAAAUGUACCAGUGCGAUAUCUGUAAAAUGCAGUUCAGUCAGAAGGCUAACAUGCAUCGUCAUCGGAUGCGACAUAGCGGUGUCAAGCCUUAUGAGUGUCGUUUUUGCAAGAAGCGAUUUUUCAGGAAAGAUCAGAUGCAAGAGCACUCGAUGACUCAUAUCAAAACGGGUUUCGGUUUCGAAUGUCCAGUUUCAUUAUGUGUAAUGCAGUUCAGUCAGCACAAUGCACUUCGAGCACACUUAGAGGAGACACACACGAUAUCAGCGACGAAUCCUGCGUCAUGCAAACGCUGUAAUUUGAUGUUCGCCAAUUCCAGACGGCUACUCCUUCAUUUCCAGACGAGACAUGACGAGAAUGAGGGUUCUCCGAAAAAAGAAAACGCUAAGCGGAAGAAGUUAUCAAAUGGACACGCGUCACCAGAAGCAGAUCCAGAGAGCAUCAGCAUCUCGGAGCAAUUGCAAAGAAUGGUGAAGACCGAAUUCAGCCCACCAAACACAGAAUCCUCAGAAAACUCGACCUCAUCCGAGUUUGAUAAAAUUCCUCCAUCACCUUUCCCGAUGGCCAACCCAGACAUCUUGUUGAUGUGCCUCAACCAGAUGAAUCAGUUUGGAGGGUUCGGAGAAAACAUCCCACGAUUGAUUAACAUCCCAUCCGUCCAACUUCCGCUUGGUAACAUCCCAGCCGCAGUGAAACAGGAACAGGAACAGGUCCAACUAUGGUCCGAGCAAACAUCGAGCUCCGUUAGUGUGAGCGUUCCAAGCCCAAGUGACCAGUCGCACUCUCCACCUGCCAACGACUCUACUAUCUCUUCUAUGGAUAAGGAGCAGUCUCCAACUCCAGAGAAAGACGAGGAGGAAAAUGUGGAAUGCAAUCACUGUGGAAUGAUCUUCUUCGACAACACUAUGUACUUGCUCCACAAGAGCCUUCACACCGAGGGAGAUCCAUUCAAAUGUGCUCUGUGCGGAACUCAAUGCGGAGAGAAGUACAUGUUCACUACUCAUGUCAUCUUCGCUGAUCAUAGUACCCAGGCAACGACUUCCGCCUGA